UUGUAGAUUGUGUGUUUGAGUGAGAGAUGUGGGUGUGAGAAUGAUGUAGGCGGGAGUGUUGUCGGUGGUAGGAGGAGGAAUGGCAGUGCGUGGCUGCUCGGCCUCUGGGGCGUCAGUGGAGGUGAGGCAGCGGCGGUGAACGUGUGUCGUGCGUACCGUCCUCCGAUGUCUACUAAGCCAUUCUGCUAAGCUCGACCGGGACAACGGCGUCUCGACAAGCAUCCACGCUUGUUCCCUUUCUCGCUCCCUCUUGUCUGGUGUACCGUGGCCGUGGCGAGCGCAGUCCGCACGGGAGGAGGAAAGGGCUGCUAUCCGAGAGAGCAGGGGAGCUUUAUAUACAGUGUUCGUUUUCGCUGCGAAGAGGACAGUCCUUCCCCUCGACGGCGAUGCCAUAAGGAAGCGAGCCCGAGCGAGGGCGGUGUGAUGAGGCAGGCUCUCCCAGCGGCAGUGUGAUGAGGAAGGCGUGAGGAGGUGCGAGAGAGUGUGUAGGUCGAGACCGAGCGUCACCACCCUUUGCCGGAGUCAUCCGCCAACCUCUCUGCUAGACACUCUCACUGCUACGCCCACCACCUCACCUGUCUGCCCACCUGCCCCCCUCACCACCCACCUCCUGCUGCCCACCUCACGUACCUUCUAACACGUUCUGCCCUCCCCUCCCCAACCCAUCCCUCUCACCGACACAUAUCCUGUAGGAACCCAGGGAUAUCAUCCCAGCCGAGCACAUCCGAUUCCUGCGCCUGCUGCUGUUCCAGCACGCAUCCUCCUCCUCCUCCGGUCGAGCAGGGGAGCGAGUCCAUGCACGCCCCAGCAGAAGCAGCAGAAGGGCCGAGUGAGUUACUAGCAGGCUGAGACGACGAGCCUCUCUUAGUACCUGCUAAGACGCAGCAGCAGCGAAGUGCCUGCGCCUCGAGUGUACGGAAGGAAAGCCACAGUGCGGUGAAUAAGAGUAAAGAAAAAUAAAAGAAGAUAUAAGGUGAACAAAAGGUAUAGACAGCGUUCAGCCUCCGUCUUUGAUUGGUAGGAGGAAGCAAGGUGUUACAGAAAAUAAAAUCGAAAAACAUCCAUAACCAAAGUUGAGUGUCGGAGCUUUUUGCAUAACUCGGUGUGGUUUGCGCGCGAGGUGAGAAUAUGAAUCAGCGCCGAGGAGCAGGGCGGCGCGAGGAGCAAGUGUAGCGGAGACGAAGGCGAGCGAGGGUAUCGAGCCCGCCGCUGCCCGGCCCCGAAGCAGGUGUCGGGCGUGUGUGAGGCCUCGGGGCACCCAUGACCCGCGGGCCAGGCGACGGCGAGAGGCCACGAUAACGGCGGACACCUGUCUGUCUGUCUGUCUGCCUCACUGUCUGUCUGUGUUUGUGUCUGGCAAGUCACCUUAUCUGACCUUCUCCGCUGCCCCCCUCCCCCCCUUCCUCCAGUCAGCCAGCCCCUAGCCCGGCGUGCCUGCCCACCCACCGCCCUCCUCCCCAUACACACUCCCUGCCCCCGCCCGUCCGCCCGCUCUCGUAGUGGUCACCUCGCCCACCUGUCUCGAGGAAGAGCGGCGUCGCUUCCCGUCUCAAGGUCGUCCACGUUGACCUCAACGGCACGUGGGUCACCCCAGGUCACUGCACUGCGGACCGCCCCACCACGCCCGCUCGCUCCACGCCUCUCCUCUCUCGCCCUCUGGAUAUAUAUUUAGCCAUAGACGUGUCUUCCCAGCCCUGGACUGUGCGGGAUUCUGGUUCGCACGGCGGGGAGGCUGUGCCCGCGGGAGAGACGGCGGCCGAGGCCUGCAUGCGGAGGUGUGGAUGAGGCGCAGGCAAGGAAGGCCAGCUCCCAACACCUCGGCGGCGGCGGCGGCGGCGGACGACGACGACUGCCUCGUUUUGGCACCAAGCCAGUUCCCUGGGCUAAUGCAACACGCUCGCUAUCGCCAUUGCCAUCCUUAACGCCACUGCAACGGCACGAAUCUCCCCCUCCCCCACCCCCGCCACGACCACGGACGACAGCCACGAACGUCGGCGUCGACGCGUUUGUGUGUCUGUUCGCAGCGAACCGGCGUGGAGCUAACCAGAGCCCGCCGGAGGAGAAGCGGGUGUAAGCUGUUGCCUGGCGCAGGUAGCCGAGGGGAGGAGAGUGCGGCCGGGCUGCUCCUUCGGCCGACGCUCACCCUGCACUACAUUCAACGCUAGCUCUCUCUCUCUCUCUCUCUCUCUCUCUCUCUCUCUCUCUCUCUCUCUCUCUCUCUCUCUCUCUCUCUCUCUCUCUCUCUCACACACACACACACACACACACACACACACACACACACACACACACACACACACACACACACACACACACACACACACACACACACACACACCAAAACACCUGCACCAGCUCUUCCUUCGCCGCUACGGCAAGGACUCGACCACCAGCUCGCGAGAACACCGAAGAACAACUUCACGAUGCUGCCGUUCUUGUUCUUGUAACUCGCACAGCGGAUGUUCUAGCUGGACGACUAGAUGGAACACCUGGUUGACCUCACAGCAAAGUCCGCCAUGGUGUCUGUGGCUUCCCUGAUGACUGCUGUGGCUGUGGGAAGAGACAUGGCCAGUCCGUAACCUCGCGAUCAGCUGAUCCGUGUCGGGCUGCCAUGCACACGUGGUGAAAAUAUCGACGUUUCGAAAGAAAGAGAAAUGUAGGCCUAUGGAUACACAAGGCAGUCGAUACCAAUCAUUAUCCCAGUGAAGCGUGCGGCAUAUUUUUCGUGUUUGUUUGUCGGAAGAAAAUAUAUAUAAAUAGAUCAUUUGAGGUAAACAGAUAAGGAAAAGUCUGGAUAACACGUGAUAUAUUAAAAAAUAGAAAAAAAAAACUUAUCAUUCCCCGUCUGUGUGAGAUAGCCAACACCAGUACACAUCGUUGGUAGUUUAAACGUGAGUGGAACACGAUUUGAAAUAUAAUCACGAAAUCGCUUAAUAGAGAAAUACGCAAAGGAGAAAAAAAAGAACGUGCGUAUAACAGAUUGUCAGAGAGUGUGUGAAUCAAGUGGUGCUCCGUCCUCAUCCUCUCACCCCGCUCCCCUCCCCCCUUACGUCAAAGAACAUGUGAAGAACAAGGAGAGGCGCAAGAUGUUCUCCCUCCGUCCAUACAGGUCGCUCAGGGAUGACGAUGACGCCGUCACGGGUAAGAGCGCGCUGUACGGCGGCGUGGAGGUGGUGCCCUCGAGCCCGGGACCGGAGAGCGGCCUGCACUGCGCGGACCACAGCGGCCUCGCCUCCACCACCACCGCCACCACCGCGUCCACCACCACCACUUCCCUGACGCUGCGCCCGUCGAGCCCGGCCGGCGUCAGCACCGUCAGCAGCGCGGGCGGCCUCCUCGCCGGCAGCGGCAGCGGCCCCGGCGGAUUUUGGACCCCGGCGUCGCACCUCGGCGGCGGCGGCGGCGGAGGCGGCGGAAGCAGCAGCAGUAGCGGCGGCGGCGUCGGUGGAAGCAGCAAGUCCUCGUUGCCGCUGUCCCUGACGUCCCUGAAGGCCGCGUGGAGGAACCUGACGUCCCUGGGCCUGGGAUCGUCGCGGCUGCCGCACCUGGAGCGGCACGACGCGGGCGCCAGCGAGCCCCACGACUACCGCUACACGCACUUCCCCAACAAGAGGCACCACAAGGAGACGGCCUUCGACGAGACGCACAUCCACCUGACGCCCGCCUCGCGCACCUACACGCACCCGCACCGCAGCCCCGUCCCGCCCGCGCCGCACGCGCCCACGCCGCCGCGCCACCACCACACCCCGGCCGAGGCCACCCUCGCCCUCGCCAAGUGCCUUAGGAAACACAGGGAGAAGCAGCAGGCGCGUGCGCUCACGCGGAAGUCCAAGUCGGACAAUGCGCUGCAGAAGAUCGGCGUGCAUGUGAACUCGCACUCGGACCAGAACCUGCACAAGGUGUGGCUCAACAGUGUCAAUAGUUGUAGUGUGAGCUGCAGCAGCAACAGCAGCAAGAGUAACUCGGUGUUCAGCACCGUGCACUUAUCGGGGGGGAGUGGAGACAGCUGCGGCAGUAGCGGAAGCGGCGGCGGGGGCGGCAGCGGCGGCGGCAAGAAGGGGCGCCACCACCGGUCCAAGUCGCUCGAGCGGCACCAGGGCGCCCGCAUCCACCCUGUGGCGCCCGUCGCGCACCACCGCCACACGCGCUCCCUCGAGAGGAACCACAAGUUCAGGGUCGACCUCCGCGCGCCCUUCCCGACCAAGGACGAGCCGCCCGAGCACCAGGCGCCGCCCCCGCCCCCGUGUCUGACGGCCACGCACGUGCCGUGGGCGCCGGAUGCAGUGCAGGGCAGCAUAGAGCAGGACACGCAGCAGCAGGUGUGGCUGGGCGGCAUGGAGGGCGGGCACGCGGCGGGCGGAGGCGGCUCCUUCAUCAACAAGCCGGCGCGGGGCUGGCUCCACCCCGACCACCAGCUGGCCGAGGAAGGCAUCUGCUACGGCGUCAGGUAUAUUGGCUGCCUGAAAGUCAACACGUCCAUGAAGAGUUUGAAUUUUGAUACCAGGUCUUUAAUAGCAAAAGAAUGCAUCAGCAGAGUGUGUGAGGCGGCAGGCCUGAAGACGGCUGACAGGAAAAGGAAGGUAGUGAAGACCAUAGGCAGGAUCCUGGGUGAGAGACCCAUGAUGGAGCACGCUGGAAGUAAUGUUAACUUGACUAUCACAAGCACAGCACUCACUCUCUCCAUCUUGGAGUCUGGGCAGGUAGUGGCAUGUCAUGAUAUGCCCAAUAUAUCCUUCGCUUCAGGGGGAGAUCCGGAUACUUUAGACUUUAUUGCCUAUGUAGCCAAAGACAGUCGUUAUGGACGUGCGUGUUUUGUGUUGGAGUGUGGUGGAGGUCUGGCACAGGAUGUAAUAACAACAAUCGGCCAGGCUUUUGAACUCAGGUUUAAGGAGUACCUCAAGAGAACCCCGUCCGUCCAGUAUACCAGCGUAAAAUCUGAUAAGUCAGGUAUGAAUGGCGAGGGUGCUGGUUGGGGUCGUGAUGACCCGGAAUACUAUAAUGACCUCCCUGGAAAGGUGCCUCCAGACCUUCCCCCACCUCCAGUUCCUCCUCUCCCUCAAUACUCAGCCUCUGAUAGUAAGAGACCUGCCAUGGUUACAUCAGUGCAGGUCCCUGCAACGUCAUCAAGCAGUGGGUCAACGAGCUCUGUGUCUCCAGUCCCUUCUUCGGGAGCCUCAACUAUACUCCUCAACUCACACCAGCCACUCACAGGAAAAGUGUCUGACAACUUGAUAGAUUUUACCUCGGAAGGAGCCCAGCCUCCCCCUAUGCGGUGUGAGCCAGAAUACGUCAACGAUGCUGUUAUUAAGCAGAAGCAACUUCUUGACCAAAGAGAUCCAUUUGACAUGCAGCCCUUCAUCACCCAGUUAUCACAACUAAGUGGAGGUGUUAGUGGUGGCAGUGCAGCUGGAGCCAUUGGUGGAGCAGGAGCUGUAGCUUCAGGAACUGUACCCAGCUCUGGGGCUGUUGGAGGGAAUACAAAACCUCUCCCACUGAACCAGCGAUUACAGCUACAGAGGGAGCCUUGGUUCCAUGGUGCUAUUAGUAGGAAGGAGGCAGAGAUGCUGUUGGUGCAGGAUGGUGAUUUUCUGGUGCGUGAAUCCCAGGGAACUGCGGGCCAAUAUGUUUUAACUGGAAUGCAAAACAAUACAAAGAAGCACCUCUUGUUAGUUGAUCCCGAAGGAGUGGUAAGUAGUGUCUCCUGUUUCAGCAGUUUGUAUUCUAAAGCGCUGUUAAUAGAUCUAGUGGAAGAAACACUUCAGAUUUACUGAUUUUGAAGCAUUUUG